AUGAACAUCAAGUGCCAUUUGUCCCAGAUCAUCUGCAAGUGUCAACACGGGUUCCUUCGAGGUAAAUCAAGUGUAACAAAUCUUUUAGAGGCAAUUAACUAUAUUGGCAGGAUUCUGGACAAUGGGGGACAGGUAGAUACGAUCUAUCUCGAUAUGUCUAAAGCCUUUGAUCGGAUUAAUCAUACGAAAUUAAUUACUAAACUGAGAAAUUACGGCUUCGGUGGUAAUUUACUAAAGUGGUUUCAGUCAUACUUAUCGGAUCGUUGUCAGCGUGUAACGGUACUUGGUUGUACCUCAAACACACUUCCUGUAUCAUCAGGUGUCCCGCAGGGCUCUAUUCUUGGACCAGCGCUAUUUUUGCUGUAUAUCAACGAUCUUCGUGAUUCAGUAAAGACCAGCGAAGUAACCAUGUUUGCAGACGACACAAA